GUAAAAUGCAACAUCUUGACUCUUCUUGAACCUAUCUUUGGGCUGAUCCUCACCAGGAACAACACUGUGGACAUACACGGAAGGAGAGUUGGAGCAUGUCGUAACACAGCCGGCGUCUCAUACAGGAAAAUGAAGAGCCAAAUCGAAACUUAAGGCCAAUGACUUCCGCGGCGUCAGUGGGGAGUGAAGCUUUAACCGGAAGUGGAGGCGGAUGCGGCUGCAGCUGCAGCUCUGUUUUCCAAGAGUUACCAAAAUGACAGAUGCACAGCGAUUAUGUUUGCUGCUUUUUCCGCUACUUUUUCGCUUCUCUGCCGGGGAAGAGGUGUCCGUGUGGAGCGUGGACAUCAACCCGUUUUCCAGAAUCCACAGCUCAGUACCAUUGGCUCCUGUUCAAAAAACCUGGCAUUUAACAUCAGCUGGUAUCUGCGCUCCUCUGUUUGCUACAACGAGGUCUUCAACACUCCUGACAACAAAGCUACAGAGAUGUUUGGCAGAGACCACAUGCUGAAAGAAGGCUGGAGCGGCUUCUACAGUCAGGGCUACAUGUUCUUUGAAAACUGCUCCUCUCUCUUCAUGCAGAAGGUGUAUUAUCCCGAUUUCCAGCCUUACCAGCCUCUCACCAGCCUGAAGGAUGAACCGUCAAAUCAGAGCUUGGUUUGGCCAGAUAAACCAGACAGCAGUGCUGUGGCCAAAGCCUGGAAGGACAGUCCUUACCUGUUCAUUGUCAACGUGCAGCCCAUGUUUCGUGGAGAUAAUGAAGACGUGGGGCCUGAGCAGCUCAACUUCGCCUUUACAAUGAAAGUUGAGAUGAAGGGACCACAUGACUACUCCUCUCCUGCAGACUGGCCUCUCAUGAUGUUCUUCAUGGUCAUGUGCAUCAUAUACGUCCUGUUCGGAGCCCUGUGGCUGCUCUGGUGCGCCUGCUACUGGAGGGAUCUGCUCAGGAUCCAGUUCUGGAUUGGUGCCGUCAUCAUCCUGGGGAUGUUGGAGAAAGCUGUGUUUUAUUCAGAAUACCAGAACAUCCGUUACAAAGGAGACUACGUUCGAGGUGCAGUGAUUUUUGCUGAACUUCUCUCUGCUCUGAAGAGGUCUUUAGCACGAAUCCUGGUCCUCAUUGUCAGUCUUGGCUAUGGUAUAGUCAAGCCCAGGUUAGGAACCACAGUGCACCGGCUGGUGGCUGUUGGUCUUCUCUACCUUCUCUUCUCUUCUGUUGAAGGUGUGCUGAGAGUGACGGGGGGUUUUUAUGGUACAGUUGGUCUAAUUGCCAACCUCAGCCUCUCCCUCAUCGACUCCUGCGUGAUGUGGUGGAUUUUCAUCAGUCUGUCUCAAACCACUCGUCUGCUGAAGCUCCGCAGGAACGUAGUGAAACUGUCGCUGUAUCAGCACUUCACCAACACGCUGAUCUUCUCGGUUGUGGCUUCCAUUAUAUUCAUCAUCUGGACCACCAAAGUCUUAAAGAUGGUGGACUGCCAGACGGGUUGGAGGAACCUGUGGGUGGAUGAUGCCUUCUGGCGUCUCCUGUUCUCCACCAUCCUGCUGGUCAUUAUGGUGCUGCUGCGACCCUCUGCUAACAACCAGAGGUUCUCUCAUUCUCCUCUGAUUGACGAAGAUGAUGAUGAAGAGGACGAGAGCAAGGAGCCCAUGCUGAACGAGGCUUAUGAGGGGAUGAAGAUGAGAGGUUCAAAACCUGAAAUGAAUGGCUCCCAAAAAUUAUUGAGCAAAGAGGAUGAAGACCUGAAGUGGGUGGAGGAGAACAUUCCUACAACUGUUGCUGACGUAGCUCUACCUGUGAUGCUGGAUGAAGAGGAGGAAAUCCUAAAAACUAAGAUGGAGCGAUCUAAAAUGGAAUAGAAGGAAAGCUGAAAAAAAAGAUUAUGAAGAGACAGCAAAUCACCCAGAGUGGCCAUGGAUGGAUGGAUGGACGGAUGGAUGGAUGGAUGGAUGGAUGGGUGUGUAUGCGGGUGCUUUGCAAUGACCAAAAAGAUGGGGGUAAAGCCAAUUCUUCUUUCUGGACACUUUAUCUUUUUAACCAUUAAUCUAAAGCAGGUACUGGUUGUGGAUGGAUGGGCUGCUGUAAUGGCAUGUACAGUAGAAGAGUACACUCCAAGAUUUUUUUUAAAUGUCUUACUAUUUAUUUAUUUGUUUUUAUUAUUUUUACCCACAAUUCAAGUUGAUUCCUAUUCUUUUUACUAUAAGCUGAAACAUGUUUUCUCUGUCACUGCGAGGAGCCACGCUGACGCUGAGUGGAUUUAAUGUGUAGGAAUAUUUGCACCAUUGUUGCAUCUGUUCAGGUCCACGUCCUUCCAGGACAUUCUCCUUUCAUAAGAGAUUAUUUUUAGCCAACACUGUAUCUGACACUCUGAACUCAUUGUGGGAGAAAGUGUUUCUUUCAGCCUGUGUUUUAUUGCUUCACAUAUUAUUUAACAGUUGAAUGGCAUCAGUUGAUGAAAAAGAGAGAAAGAUAAAAUAUGUUGUAAACCAUUAGGUACAUAAAUAAUCAUUAGCAUGUUUUGUGCAUUUACUUGGCCACCGACGUUCCCUGUAGAAAGUAUAUGACUUUGUGUUAACACAUAACCAGCACUUUUCCUUCUGUACUACAUGUGGAAGUACUGUACAAUAUAUUCUUUUUGUAAGCAGGAAUACUGCUUCCGUUUUCGGGAAUUCAUGGAUUAACACUAACAGGAGAGCAAAGGGAGAAUAUUAAAAUAAAUUUAAAAAAA